CAGCACCACGUCUGCGUGCCGCCAUGGUGAAUUGAGUCUCGACCAAUGCCUCCCUUGGUCGCGCGACAAUGGCAAGUCUUGAGGGGCGCUCCUGCCGCUAUUGGUACCUUAGGACGCACACAACGCCUUUCGGGGAUUCCAUGCGCUUCAGCUUGGCGGUCGUACGCGCAGCAGUCGACGCCAGAUGAAAAGACUUUAGGGCAUAUAGUACCACUCAACAGUGCUAUUCUCAUACCAGCCUCUAUACCAAACGCUCAACCCGCCGAACUCAUACAUUUCAUCCGACCCGUUAUACGAAAGCGAAUCUCUAAAGAGACUUUCUGCGUCUUCCUUGUCACACCCGCUUUUGCGCCAUGGCUCCUUAACGAUGAAGUCUUCCUCCGAAAGGCGCUGCUUCAGGCAUACAGCGAGUUGUGGAAGGGGCCGAGUGCGAAUAAUCGAUACCCGGACAUACACGCUCUCUGUGCUGUAGUCGACAAGCUUCCAGUCGGCAGGGCUUUCAAAUUUGAGACCACACUGGGAGAUGAAAUAUCGCGCCGUACCACGGAGCCGCCUGUUGCUGAGACUGGCCUCGAAGGCAUCGCCUAUGUCACACUUCCCGCCACUGCUUCCGUGUCGUCGACCGCACCUUCGUCAUCCGAGAAGGGCGCUAUUGACUUCGUUUUAAAUGAGCACACGGCAGGCGAGCAGAUAAUCAGCGACAGUCUGCGACUACCACUCGCCAAUACUAUAUUCCAGACGGGCACUCCCACAACUAUGACUCUCACAUCGUGGAAGUCUCGUGGUACGACGGAGCGGCUAAAGCUGCUAUCGAAGACGAACGUCUCUCAUCAUGGUAUUCGAAUAGCUGGACGCAACCAAUAUGUUGAUCAGAUCAUUCCCACCCUCAGUAUCCCAUUGGUGCCACUGACCGUUCCUCGUCGGGUUGAAGGAUGUAUGGGCAAUAUCAUUCGCCGAAUUGUCAAUUCCGACGGGGAAAGCGUGACAGCUUCUUCGGAACUUGAAGGAGUUGUGCCGCGAUUCUUCAAGUCGCGAGGGGAACCCGCACAAGCAACAUCUGCCUGGGCUCUGGUGAUACCAGGAUCCAUGGCUGCGAGUAUGAGCGCAAGGACUACGAGGCUUCUUGCGAAAGUACUGGACAAGAGUGAAAAGGGAGUCGACAAGCGAGAUGAACUGUGGGAACGUCUUUGGCGAAGCGAUCCGCCUUGCUGGAACAUGCUCGUGUCAAAAGCCCUUGCAGAAGGAGCACGUCUCCACCGGGUAUUGAGCGGAGGAGGUGGAUGGGGAAAGAAAGCGGGUUUACUGUCUCUAGACCCCGUUCCAGCCAGCGACGCCUUGGACCAACUAAACGCACACGAUUUGCCGAGCAUUCUCAGUGACCCAGAGGACUUUGCUUCGACCCUGACGCCAGUCAUACAUGAUGGAGACUUCAUACAAUUUUUUACAUUGCCAAAUUCGAAGAUCGAUGUAGAAGCCAACUACCAAUUGGAUAGUCUAGAGAAGCUCACUGUUCUGCCAAAGCAAAACAGUUGGGGCUGGGAAUUUGGAACGAUCCCUAGUACAGCAGACUCGAUGCCUGGAGGGUCAUGGCAGCAUACCACUUCAACAUCAAGGAAGGUCUCUGUAUUUGAGAACAGCUUCGGUGCUCUGGCCGAGGGAGGCUUAACACUCACACGCCGCUUCCCCGGAAAGGAAGGGGGGUCUUCUCCUUCGGUUGGUACUACCAUGGUCGAUGUUCCUUUCUCUCGCUUCUGGGCUGUGGAAGUGGCGGACAAGGCUAACUCGAUUGAGCACGUAGCGAAUUCAUACCCCGAAAAAGACAAAGAAACUUAAAGCCAUGACCACCCGAGCACGAACCAAAUUAGGGAGCCAUCUGAAGGGAACCAAAAGUGAUGCCACGACUAAGGUCAAUGAAAUGGUACCGUCUAGCAAGAUCACAGUCAUAACACCAAAGCAGCUAGAAGAAAGGCCGCGUCCACUAGUUCGGAAAUUUACAAGUAUAUGGUCAGAAGCUCCCACAGAGAUUACCGAAGUGGGAAUCAGUAGACUUGCGAUCAAUGCUGCAUUUGCUUCGAAACGUAAUAUUGUAAAUGAUAUCUCUCGCUUGACAGAGGAGUACCGAGGCAUCAUGUACACCAUCCAUCGACGUAUACUAUCAGAGCAACACACUAUGGCACGUCACCG